CGUUAACCUAAUCGGGUUUACAGCCAUUGAUUCCGCUGCAAAACAUAGUAGAAUUUUUGUUAAUUUCUUUAUGAAAACUCCAUUUCUGUUCAAACCUGUCGUUUCAAAAACAUCGCCAUUUAUUUCUCCCGCUCAGAUCAGUGAGCUCCUGAAAUGCGCCAAAAAUGUGAAUCAUGCCGCUCAAAUCCAUGCUCAGCUCAUCACACAAGAAUAUAUUCGUUUGCCUUUGUUGUUCAACAGCCUUCUCAACAUUUAUUCCAAAUGCGGUCACGUUUUGCAAUCACUCUCGCUGUUUACAGCUUCGAAUUCGAGGGAAGGGUUUGAUGGCGCCAAGAAUGUCUUUAUUUAUACUUCUCUAAUUACUCAGCUUUCUCACUGGAAUUUACACUUAAAAGCUAUUUCCUUUUUCAAUGAGAUGAGGGAGAGAGGUAUCUUCCCCAACCAUUUCACUUUUUCUGCUGUUCUGCCGGCGUGCGGCGAUUUGGCGUUGGGAAAACAGAUGCAUUCGUUGAUAUUUAAACAUGGAAUUGAAACUGAUGUGUUUGUUAGUAGUGCAUUGGCAGAUAUGUAUGCGAAGUCUGGGGAAAUGAUUGGUGCAAGGAAAGUGUUCGAUGAAAUGCCGCACCGGAACCUUGUUUCUUGGAAUUCGAUGAUUGUUGGGUCGCUGCGGAACGGCAUUUUUAACGAAGCCAUUGAAUUUUUCACAAGGAUGAUUAAUGAGGACGCCGUUGUGCCCGAUCAAGUGAGUUUUUCUAGUGUUUUGAGUGCUUGUGCUAAUGUCUGCGGGCUGGCAUUUGGGAGACAAGUUCAUGGAAGAAUUUUCAAGCAUGGUUUGGAUAAGUUGUUGUAUGUGAAGAAUUCGUUAAUGGAUAUGUAUUGCAAGUGCGGUUCUUUUGAUGAUGCUGAAAAAUUGUUUGUGAUAACUGAAGAGAGAGAUGUGGUUACAUGGAAUAUUAUGAUGACGGAAUUUGUUCAAAAUGGAAAUCUAGAGGAUGCUUGUAAUUGUUUUUGGGCUAUGAGACGCGAAAGCGUAGUUCCGGAUGCACAGUCAUAUUCAACUGUGCUUCACGCUGCUGCAGGUAUUGGGAUGCUAGAUCAGGGUACUUUGAUCCACAAUCAAAUAAUAAAGUCUGGGCUUGGAGGAAACUUAUACGUAUCUAGCUCAUUGAUUACGAUGUAUGGAAAAUGUGGAAGUUUGGUCGAUGCUAGACGGGCCUUUUCCGAGAAUCACGAACAUAAUGUGAUAUCAUGGACAUCGAUGAUAUCUGCUUGCCAACAACAUGGCUGUGCAAAUGAGGUUAUAGAAUUAUUUGAGGAUAUGCUGAGGGCAAGUGUUGAACCUGAUUAUAUAACAUUUGUUUCUGUUUUAUCGGCUUGUGGACAUACAGGGCGAGUGAAUGAUGGAUUUUCUUACUUCAAUUUAAUGAGUCAGAGGUUUAAAAUUGAUCCGGGGCUCGAACACUAUGCUUGUAUGGUUGACAUGCUUGGCCGUGCUGAUUGCUUGCACGAUGCGAAGAGAUUUGUCGAAACAAUGCCCAUUGAACCUGAUAUAUCUGUUUGGGGAGCAUUGCUUGGAGCUUGCAGAAAAUAUGGCAAUCUUGAAUUGGGUAGAAAAGUUGCAGAGCGACUUUUUCAGAUGGAACCGGACAAUCCAGGCAACUAUGUGCUGCUUUACAACAUGUAUGUGCGCGGAGGAAAGCUAGAAGAAGCAAAUGAGGUCAGGAGAUUGAUGGGGUUUCGUAGGGUCAGAAAAGAACCCGGGUGCAGCUGGAUUGAUGUGAAAAAUACAACCCAUGUUUUUAAAGCCCGGGACAGAUCCCAUUCGAUGACAAAUGAAAUAUAUAAGAUGCUGGAAAAAUUGGAGGAACUCGUGAAGCAGAAGGGAUACGUUCCCAAACUUCAGCGUUCAAGCAAUGAUCUAGAUGAGGAUGAAGAGAAGAACCUGUGGUACCAUAGUGAGAGGUUAGCUCUUGCUUUUGGACUGCUGAUCGUUCCAGUCGGUGCACCAAUUCGAAUAAAGAAGAACCUUAGAACUUGUGAUGACUGUCACGUUGUAAUGAAGUAUGCAUCGGCAAUUUAUAAGAGAGAUAUUAUUAUCAGAGAUAUUAAUCGCUUCCACCAUUUUGCUGAUGGAUCGUGUUCAUGUGGCGAAUACUGGUGAAAGACACGAUCCACAUUUACCUUUCUUCAAAUUGAGCUCCAACACUACGGCUUCUAGGUAUUCUGAACUAUGUGCUGGAUUUAUAUAACCCGGAAUUGAAGGGGUUGCAGUAUGAAAUACUUGAGCCAGAAUGGAGCUUUACAAGUCGAAGCAGAUAGGUGCAGCCACAUGAUCGCAAAUUUCAUUAGAUGGAGUCAGGUGGGGAGGGCGGCCAGGAUGGUGACCAUAACCAUGAAUCUAUCUAACCUAAUCUUCUUGAUGUAAAUGUCUUUUAUUGCAGCCAAAGAGGUGAGAGAAAGAGUAGUCCAGUCCACCAUGUUUGCCUUGCUUCCAUUCCAUUCCAUGGCAAGUGGGGAUGAACAAACGAAUGAAUGAAUCAAUAUAAAUUGUCCCUCUGUCAAUCUGUCAGGUCAGAUCAGAUCAGGACAGAGAAACAGACAGACAGAGGCUCCACAAUCAAUACCAAGAAAAAUGGAGAAAUUUCUUUUAUUUAUUAUUUAUUACUCCUUCCGUCCCACAUAAUUUGUCCAUAUUUUUUAUUUUCGUCCGUCACAUAUAAUUUGUCCAUUUUUUUUUGAAAUAUAAUUAUAAACUUUAAUCUCAUUUUAAAUUAUUUUUACUAAUACACUUCUUAAUUACUUACUAAUCACACUUUACCUAAAUUCCCGUAUUUACAGUAAUAGGCCCAUAAUACAUGGGACGGAAGGAGUAUUAAAUAUUUAUGCAAGAAAAAAGGCAGCCCCCACUGGGAAUAAUCUACAUUAUCCCUCUGAGCAGCCCCAUGCCUCCUCUCAUCUGCAUUGAUAUCCCUGGAAAUAUGGUUGGGUUUUUUUCUUUUUUUUAAUUUAUUUAUUUUUUUCUCUAAAUAAAAUUCUGUCUCUCACAGACAACCAUGGUUUUUUGGUGAGUGGUUUCGGCGGUUUAGUUAAUAAGAUAUAUAAUAAUGAUUUGUUGUUUUGUUGGCAUUUAUUCAUAAAUAGGCAGGUCUCAUGUUCUCAUGGUGUUAUAUUUCUCAAUGAUUAUUUAGGCUCCUGCCAUUCUUGGUUAGAUUUGAUAGAUAGAUAAGAUAAGCUGUCCAGCAUUUGUUUGUGCUGUUACUUGAUGGACACAACUCAAUUUGGAAAUGGAAAUGGAGAGUUUGUCUAUUUGAGAUCUGAUUUUAUAAAUUAA